AUGAGAAAAGGCAUCAAAUAUGGUCAAAAGGAGACAGAAACCCUGACUGCUAAAGUUGAUUCUGUACUGUCAAUGCCAAUAUCUUUGGACAUGACAAAAGCCAUAGGAAAGACUUAUUAUGAUUACCUAGUUGGCAAGGACAAGAUUCAGCAACUCGUCUCUCUGUUCAAACACGAGAACCAGACAGCAGAGCGUAAACAGGCUCCAACAAAGAGGGUUGUGUUGACUUUACCAAACAUCAUUCUCUUCUGCAACAGGGCACGAGUUGAAAUGGUAGGGGGAGGAAGCACAGUAUUUUCGAGCCUGCUGCUGGCUGUUGUGCUUCUAAGCAACAGCUGUUCCAUGAUUUGUGCAGAUGGAGAGACAGCUGUUCAAGAAAAUGAGUUGGUUCCCUCGCCCAUCCCGCUGACCAUCAAGGAAAUCCACAAAGUGAGGCGACACGACGACCCGAGCGGUAGACAGCAGAACAUAAGGCUGGUUGUUGAUCAGCACGACCCGAUCUCAGGCGCCGAAACGUUGACCUUGACUCUACAAACGUUCGACAACGAGACGAUUCCAUACGAGGCUGUCCAGAUACCGGAUCCAAGUGCCACGGAAUUCGAGUUUGAAGGGAAUUUCGUUGACGCGGAGGCCAUCUCCGUUGAGGCCAAGAGAAACGGGUCGACACUGGCUUGUGGCUCCGUCCACGCGGAUGUUGAAGACCCAGGAUCGAGAGUGGCGUGGGUGGGGGACCCUGAGACGCCGUCCCUGAGGGUACAUCCGGGAGGGAGGGCGCAGGUGGAAGUCCCUGGCCAUCCUCUCUGCGUGAGGAAGGAUUCGGGAGGUCCUUGCUAUUACUUCGGCCACAGCGACAGCCCUCUGGAGCCUCCUCCUCCCCGCUGCGAUGACCUCGGCCUGAUCGUGUUUUGUGACGAGGUCGUGGCCCAAGCGCAGCAACCAGAGAGCUCCACCGUCCUGCAGCUGUACAACCGAGAGGUCCUAAGAGUCCUCCUCAGUUCUUCCUCAAAUCGGACCGAGGUCGUCGUCUCCAUACCCGAGAACGACACGAUCUUAUCCCCCGACGACUAUGCCUGCCGAGAGUCGUACUGGCAUACGUGUGUGCAGUUGGUGGACGUCCCUGAGAGCUUGGAUUAUCUCUACAUCAUAGCUGUUGAUUUGGACGAGGAGGGUUAUGUGAACGUGUCCAGCGGAGUUCUGUUCGAAGUGUUCAAGGCCCGCGUCGUCCGUCUGUCUCACGACGUCUACGAAGUGAUCCCCGAUCCCUCGAACUCUCCCGGGAACUACAGCGUGUCCCUGAACGCCAACGCCUUUGUGUCCUGCGGCGGCGACGGGGCUCAGGAGGACUCGGGGUGUCGCGUGUACUUCGACCGAGCGAUCUAUGAUUAUAAUUUUACGCUGUCGAAGGGCUGGGCCCCCAGCAUGGUGAUUUAUCCGGCGUCUGAUGAAAAUCCUCUGCCAAGCUCAAAGAUUUACAGCAUCACCUCUUUGAGCGAAAGUUCUACGAAGAUGAGGGUGCAGAUCCAAAGCCCCAGGACUGUCGCAAAGGCCGAGUUUAUCUUAUUCGAGGACUACGUCGCCACGAGCAGCCAGGAGGUCGAGGUGUACCUUUCUGAUUCGGGUUACAUUGUGGACGUGCCCGCGUGCGAAGGGAAAUGCGAGUUCGUCAUCCUGGGUUACGGGGUCGAUGGGUCUCUGGUAGAGACAGGGGAAGCCUACGUAAAACUUGAAGACCUGGAUGUGGACGUCGCCGAGGUGGGCAGGGAAGCCGAUAAGGCCAAUUCGUCCCUUCGAGUGGAAACCACCGGGGAAAACGAUGCUAUAAUUGAGGGCGUGGGGAAAUGCAAAAGGUAUAGCAGCCCUUGCUACUUCUUCCAACUUGCGAGGGAGACGGUGGAGUCUGCAACGUACUGCGUCAACAUUACUACAUUACCCAUUUACGGCCUCAAUAGAACGUGGGUCUUUCACUGCAGCGAUUCUGUGACGCCUUACAGUGAACUCCCAGGCAACUUCUUCGUGUCCAUGGUAAACAAUUACAAGGUGGUGGUGAGUGGCAGCUUCCCUACCAACUUUACAGAGGUCGUGGUGUUCGACCCGGAUACACCUGAAGAAGAGCUCUCUAUCGGACACACAGAGUGUUCUAAAGUGACUGAGACUACAACAGAUUGCAUGUGUAUUAUCAAUCGCUCAGAUGAUGAAAGUCCUCUGAGGGUGUUGGUGACAGCGCUAGACAGCAAUGGAACUGUUUUGAGUUCAGUGAUGAUGACCUACGAGUAUACGUACCCCAAGAAGACGACGCCCGCCUGGGUUAUCGUUGUGUCAGUGUUUGGUUGUCUGGUCGUCGUUGCCGCCGCUGCCGCUGUCUUCUGCCGCAAGGAGAAACAGUGAAGCCGAAAUCUGUCCACGUAGAAAAAAAUAAACUUGUAAAUUAUCGAGUGAAAUAUCUGUAAUUUAUUUAAUUUGAUUUUUUAAAAUCAUGAAAUAUUUCUUACUGCGUUAACGUUUUAGCAAAGGCAGAAUGUAUUUUUGGGUGACUUUUAUUGCAACAAAAAGAAUGAAAACUUUUGGUAGAUUUUUUUAUUGUAGGGAUAUUAGCUUUUAGUUAUUUUUGUGUUAAUUAAUAUUUUUCAAGGGGGCAUAUCUCUGAUUUGCAUAAAACAGUGGUUAAUAAAGUGAGUAACAUUGUUAUAUCAUUGCUAUUAUUAUUAUUGCUGUCAUUAUUAUUAUUACUAUUGUUUUCUUUUUAUUAUUAGCAUUGAUAUUACCAUUGUUAUUAUGACCAUGGUCAUGGUAUUAUUAUCAAUAUUAUUGCUGUUAUUGAUAAUAAUCAAUAUUAUUUCUAUUAUUAUCACCAUAAGUGAUGUUAUCACAGUUAUUAUCAAUCUCAUCAAUAUUAGCAUAGUGAUUAUGAUUAAAGUGAUUUUGAUUUCUGCCGAAAUGAACUUAUAAGUUUUUUAACAUUCUCUUUUAUGUUAGAGUAUAUCUAAAAUUCUUCCUUUCAUACCCAACACAGUAUCGGUAACUUGAACUAACUAGAUAUAUACUUUUAUGAUUUCGAAAUGGGAUGUAACUCUUUUCCAAUAUUCCUCAUGAAUCACAGUCCAUGGGAUUGUGUUCCUCUGUGACAAAGAUACCAUUUGUUUGUUACCCGAUGCAUGUAGUUUUUCAGAUUUUGUUUGAGAAAAGUAGGAGUUUUGGGGACUGGUGGGCGUCAUAUCUUUUAAGUUUCUUGUACCAAACUUACAGUUAAAUAAAAAGUAUCAUUACCCUUUGUACAAACUAGUAUGAUAAAGCGUUCAGUUCCUCCUUGACCACAAGUAAAGAAGAGAUGUCAUUGAAUAUUCAUGUACUUUCAUUGAGUGUAGCAUCAUUCCAGCAUAUGCUUCCUGCCAUUUGGUAUGGUGGAACUGCCCUUCGCAAUGCUCAGAAAGCCAUGGGUAUGUAAAUAAUAUUCGCUUUAUAUGAAUAAGAGCUGUCAACAGAUUGCAGUGACCUAAAUCAGAUGUAAAGAGAAUAGGUAUUAUGUAGAUUGUAAUAGAUUAAAGGUGAAACUGAAAACUGUAUGUGGAUCUCCUAAUAAUAAAAAAUAUAAGUUAAUUCUGAAUUCUGAGAAGAGAAUGAUAUGAUAUAUAAAAACAAAAUCAUGACUGAAACCUAAGAUGUACAUUUUUAAGAACAGUGACAGUGCAUAUUUCCGUAACACUUGAUACAUCAGUUACAUCAGUAAAGGUGCAGUCCUCAAGCCAGUUAUGACGGUUUAUCUUAUGACAAACUAAGCUGGGUGUCGGGUGCAGUCAGCCGCUCGAGUGAAAGCUAGAGGCACCGGAAACAUAUGAUUUGCAUAGAAAAGGGGAUCUGGAAAAGCAUGGAGAUGAACAUGAACAUGAAACCAGAAUAGUAAUGAUAGUCAAUGUGAGUGCGUGAGUUUUUUUUUUCAAAUGGUACAUAUAGGGUUUUCACACUCACCCAGUAUCUCUCAACUAAUAUUAGAAACUGAGGAACAUUAGGUAAUGAAACAUGUUCAAUGUGAAAAAAAAAAAAAAGAAAAAAGACUGAACUACAGGGUUUUCAAUGUUAAUAUUUAGUGCAUAUGUAACUGGAACAACAGGAAAAUGGAAAAUGAGGAAUACCGAUGUGUGGAAAUAUAUGAUUUAUUUUUGAUACAAAAUAUCACAUACAAGAACUCAUCAACAGCCCAGCACUGUCUCCUAUAAAUGCAAUAAAAACAAGCAUAUUUU